CAACAGCGCCGUCCACCGCAGCAAACCAUGCUUCUCUCGGCUCGCCGAGUCGCGCGGCUCGCGCCGGCUGUGCGUUCGCGCGCCCUGUCCAAGGUUGUGGCGACCAUCACCGGCCCGUGCAACAAGGAGGCGCUCUCCACCUUUACUCGUGCCAUCGAUGGCAUCGGUGGCUGCAAGCUUGGCGGUUCGCGGUCCAUGGAGUUGAGCGGCACGGUGUCAAUCAGCUCGGUGGUGUUCGUCCCGGAGGGCCUCGACAACCACGAGGCCGCAGCCCCGCCCCGCCUCUCCCACGCUCUCCAGUGCGCCCUGCCGCCUCGCUACGUCGUCAGCGUCCAGGAGAGUGGCGAAGGCAACGCGCCACAAGCGUUUGCCAGGUGCGCUCCCUCCCGCGGCCCUCGCCGCCCUCCCCUCCCGCGGAUCGUGGCGGAGUGUCCGCUCUUCCGCGCUGACCCACUCUCACUCUCGCCCUCCCGCGAGCCGGCCGCGUGCAGCCCCGCCACGCACAGCGCCCCUCACCUCGCCUGCACGGCCCGCCCUCCCGCCUCCCCGCCUCUCAGCCUCGCCUCUCCCCCGCCUCCGCCUCUCCCCUCCGCCUCUCUGCCCUCCGCCUCUCUCCCCUCUUCCUUUCGCAGGGUGACCGUGACCGGCGCCGAGCGGAUGGGCAUCCUCGCCGAGCUCGCCGACUACGCCGAGAGCCGCUCGCUGCAGGUCUCCACCAUGCUCGCCACGACGGACGCAUCCCGCUACGGCGCCGACGGCAUCGAAGGCACCGAUGACGACGAGGACCCAAUCUACACCGCCACCUGCACCCUCGCCUCGCACUCGCCUGAAGAGGCGCGGGGCCACAGCCCUCGCGACGCGCCGUGGGUGCGAAACGAGAUCUACGAGUUCGGGGAGAAGGCGGAACUGACCGUGACCUUCGAGGACCUCACGGCGCAGGCCUAGGCGAGGCGGCGGGAGGGGUGGGGUGUGCCGAGCUUGGUGAGCACGCGCUGCCCUCUGCUGUGAGCCUGUGCCGAGGUGCUGCGCCUGGCGACUCGAUGGGAGAGGACGGGGUGUGCAGCACAUUGCGAGCAAGGCCGAUGGUUCGUGGUUAGCUUGGGGGAGAGAGGUGGAGGUGCUGGUGGCGACGAAGGGCGAGAGGAGGAGCUCGGCUGAGGCUGCGCACCAUUCCAACACGACAACUCGACUAGAUGAGAGAGUGUGUGGCACGAUAGAGAGCUACGGCUUCGUGUUUGUCGAUUGCUACAACAUGUCGGUACGAGGCUGCAGCCUCGUCAUC